UACUGAAUUCUAAUUAUGCCAAACUAUAAGCUAUUGUAUUUUGAUGCUCGUGCUCUUGCUGAGCCAAUCCGUAUCAUGUUUGCAAUGCUCAAUGUGCCUUACGAGGAUUAUAGAGUUUCAGUGGAAGAAUGGUCAAAGCUGAAGCCAACGACUCCAUUUGGCCAGCUUCCCAUUUUACAAGUCGAUGGAGAACAAUUCGGUCAGUCAAUGUCUAUCACAAGAUACUUGGCAAGAAAAUUUGGACUCGCUGGAAAAACUGCAGAGGAAGAAGCUUACGCUGAUUCAAUUGUAGAUCAAUACAGAGAUUUCAUAUUCUUUUUCCGUCAAUUCACUUCUUCCGUUUUCUAUGGAAGUGACGCUGAUCAUAUUAACAAAGUACGUUUUGAAGUUGUUGAACCAGCCCGUGAUGAUUUCUUGGCAAUAAUCAAUAAGUUCCUGGCCAAGAGUAAAUCAGGAUUCCUCGUUGGAGACUCAUUGACUUGGGCUGAUAUUGUGAUUGCUGACAAUUUGACAAGUCUCCUGAAGAAUGGAUUCUUAGAUUUCAACAAAGAAAAGAAGUUGGAAGAGUUCUAUAACAAGAUUCAUUCAAUUCCAGAAAUUAAGAAUUACGUGGCAACAAGAAAGGAUAGUAUUGUUUAAAAUCGAAUUAUUUAAGUCUGAAUUAUGUAUGUAGUAAAAUAAUAUCGUUCCUAUCACGUCUCCCAGAGAGCGUAAUAAAUUAUUAUUAUGUG